AUGUUUACCCGAAAGAAAGUUGAAGGUUUGAAUGAAUUGGAUGAAUUGUUGAAAGAUGUUAAAUGUCGUGCUGUUAUUUUGUUCACCGGCUCGAAAGAUGAUGGGAAAAGUUGGUGUCCAGAUUGUGUUCGAGCGGAACCAAUAAUUGAAAAAGUCAUUGAGGAAAUUGUGUCUUCUGGUGAUACUGAUACGGAUUUUGCAUUUAUCGAAUGUGGUGUUGGACUACGAACAGACUGGAAAGACCAAACAAAUGCAUUCCGAACUGAUGAAAGAUUUAAACUGAAAGAAAUUCCCACACUACUGGAUUAUAACAAUAAGGUAAAGAGAUUGUCUGGUGAACAGUGUGCUAAUGAACUGCUGGUGAAGGAAUUAUUCCUCGAAGAUUAA